UUGGGUAGGGCGAUAUAUUAUUCCAAACUCCUCCCUCACGGAUCCACCUUUUUCUCCGAAGCUCCGGAGCUAUGGAGCUGAGUGUAAAUAAAAGAAUAAGGAAUAUAGGUAUUGUGGUGGCGGUGGUGUUAAUCCUCAUCACCGUUAUCCGUCUCUAUCACCCGCUCCUCCCCACCUACACAGCUUCCGUGGUCUCCAGCUACAGGAGUUGGUCGUCCUCAGGAAUUGCGCCAGCCUCAUACCAUGCACAAGACGACAUUCAAAUAACAGACGAUCAGGAAAAAUGCGAUAUCUUCACGGGGGAAUGGGUUCCCAAUCCGGAGGCUCCGUAUUACACCAACAAGACUUGUUGGGCAAUCCACGAGCACCAGAACUGCAUGAAAUACGGGCGGCCCGAUUCCGGGUUCAUGAAAUGGAGGUGGAAGCCGGACGGGUGUGAUUUGCCGGUUUUCAACCCGUACCAGUUCUUGGAUAUGGUCCGGGGCAAGAGCAUGGCCUUUGUUGGAGAUUCGGUGGGGAGGAACCAAAUGCAGUCCAUGAUAUGCCUCUUGUCCAGGGUGGAAUACCCGAUCGACGUCUCCCCAACUCCCGACGAGCGCUUCAAGCGCUGGAGAUACGAAACUUACAACUUUACUUUCGGCUAUUUCUGGUCACCGUUCUUGGUCCGAUCCGAGAAUCGAGACUCCGACGGCCCCACCCACACCGGCCUCUUCAACCUCCAUCUCGACGACUUCGACCAGUCAUGGACCACCCAAAUCGACGACUUCGAUUACGUCAUCCUCAACGCCGGCCACUGGUUCACUCGCCCCGCCGUCUACUACGAGAACAGCCACAUCGUCGGGUGCCGGUUCUGCCAGCUCCCCAACAUCACCGACCUCCAAAUGACCUACGGCUACCGCCGCGUCUUCCGGACGGCUUUUAAAGCUAUCAACGCCAGAGAGAAUUUCAAGGGCGUGACAUUUCUGCGGACCUUCGCGCCGUCCCAUUUCGAGAACGGGUUGUGGAACGAGGGAGGGAAUUGCCUGCGGCAGCGGCCGUUCCGGAGCAACGAGACGCUCCUGGAGGGUUUGAAUUUGGAUCUGUACAUGAUUCAGUUGGAGGAGUUCAGGGCUGCGCAGAAGGAGGGGAAGAAGAAAUUUAGGCUGCUGGACACGACGCAGGCCAUGCUUCUGAGGCCGGAUGGGCACCCGAGUAGAUACGGGCAUUGGCCCAACGAGAAUGUGACGCUCUACAAUGAUUGCGUGCACUGGUGCUUGCCAGGGCCCAUUGAUUCUUGGGCUGAUUUUCUGCUGCACAUGAUAAAGAUGGAGGCCCGCAGAACGUACAAGGAAAAACUCCUACAGCAUCAGAAGAAAAUGCAGUGAAAUUCGGCAUUUCUUUUCCGGGCAUGUUCGUUGAUAUUCUUUUUGUGGAAAUUUGGUUUUUUGAAAAAGAAUGGGAAAAAUGUAUUUAGAAUAAUCUGUAUUUUUGUUACUGCUAUUAGGUAUAGGUGAGUUUAUUAUACUAUGAUGGGAUUAUGUUAUUAGCCCUGAACGAAAUAAAUAAUUGAAUAUUAGAGUUAUCAAUCA